AUGAUUGAAAUAACUGUAAACGAUCGGCUUGGCAAGAAAGUAAGAAUCAAGUGCAAUCCGAACGAUACUAUUGGUGAUUUGAAAAAACUUAUUGCUGCUCAAACUGGCACUAGGUAUGAAAAGAUCGUAUUGAAAAAAUGGUAUACAAUAUACAAAGAUCAUAUAACAUUACAAGAUUAUGAGAUACACGAUGGUUUCAAUUUUGAAUUAUAUUAUCAGUGA